UUUCCUCACCAAAAUCGCGAGACACAGCACUGUGAAGAUCCUUCAUGCGCUUUACAGGAAGGCCCUUUUGGCCACUACAGUGUCAGGCGCUACCAGAAGGAGAUGCGAGCACUUGUCUCAACAGCCCAGAAUGUCUGGAGAGUUUUUGUAUCAGAAAGGAAGCCAGGCUGGAAGUAUCUGAUGCAGCUUUUUGCUGUUUGCUCUGCAGUUGGCUUCCUUUCAAGCCUUCUCUUCUUCCUUGGCAUCCGCUUCUCCCUGGCUCAACAGCCUCUGGGUCCCUUACUGAUUUCUGGCCUCAUCUGGAUCUCACUUUCUGUCGCGCUCUGCUGUUUCAAGCACCUGCGCUGCUUCAGCACCCUGUUCCUUCUCUCCUGUGGGCUGCGAGAAGGAAGAAACACCCUUAUUACUGCUGGUACAGGUGUCGUGGUGGCUGGCAAUAUCCAAAAUAUUUUUCACAACCUGAAGGUUCUGGCAGACAGUAUAACCUGCCAUUUAGAGUUUGAGCAAUUUGACUUGAUAAAAUAUUAUGUUGAGGCAAUAAAAUGGAUUUAUGAGGAGGCCAAGCGUUCCACUGAACUGCCUGAAGAUAUACUGUUGCUAAAUCAUGAGUUUACAUCAUCUUAUUCAAUUUUAGAUGAUGCAUUGAAACAAGAGCUAAAUGACACAAAACAAGAAAUCCAAAGAGUUGCUAACCAGAUAUCUUUUAUGCUGACUAUAUUGCCCUAUAUAGGCCAGAAAGUAUUGCCUAUAGUAGGGAUUUUUCUAGUUUCUUUUGGAACUGCCCUUUUUAUCAAAAAAUUUGUGGGCUCUCAUGGUGUCAAGUUUAAGAAUACUUAUAUCACAAAACAGUUCAUUGCAUUUGAUGAGCUUCAAAAGCAACAGCAAAGACCAGGCCUUCUGCCACUUAGCAAAAAAGAAAGAAAAGAUUAUGUGAUAAUUCCAUCUUUCUGCCUCACAAGGAAGGAGAGAAAACACAUACAGUAUUUUUUUCUCCCUGUAAUUGUUCAUCUUUGCAUCUGGCUUCUGUUUGCUGCAGUAGAUUAUUUGUUUUAUUGGCUAAUUAUUUCUGUGAAUAAACAUCUCCAAGAAUUACCAGAUCUGGAGAUUCAGCUCAGCCUCUUUCAGCAAAGGAAUGAGAACAGCUUCAUCAUUGGGGUGAGAGAGUUUAUUGUAAAGAACGAUCCUUUCAAGAUCUCCUUGUUUAAGCACAACUGCAUCCCUCAACCAGAGCUCUAUCUUUCCACGACAUGGAUCCAGCUUGGAAUCAUCAUCUUCUUCUUAAUAUUUUCUGGGUUAUUCUCUGGCCUCCUGACCCAAUUUAAAAUACUUGUGUCAACCUCGUUCUAUCCUGAUGCUGAGAUAAAACGGAUACAUUAUUUGCAUGCAAAAUUACUCAAGAAAAGAGCAAAGCUACAACAGAAAACUGCGAAGAAUGCGUUUGCUAAAACGUUCCCAGGGAAAAACUGCAUGCUCAUGAACGGACUUCCCUGCCUAUCCACUGAAGUGUAUUAUGCCUAUCAACUUGCAGACAGCCCCCACCAGCUCCUGGGAAAGUGCUGUCUUUGGAGGAAAGCCUCAGCCAUUUUGACGUGCCUUUUGUAGUCCAACAAGACAACAGAGGGAUGUAAUGCACAGUAUAAUCUUGGAAGUAUUUUAAAGAGCCAGCUCUCGCAUGAAUGCUUGUCUAAUUCAACUUUUAGAUCCUGCAGUGAAUUCUACUGAUUCAAGUUUUGACUUUCAGAUAUUGUCUGGGUGCUUUUGAAAAUCCUACCCAUAAUAAGCAACAUUAAGGCCUCAAAAAUAUUCUUCACAUGUGCCAGCAUGGCAAAUAGGCACUGAAAAUUCAAUCUGCAUGUCUUUUGCAAAAUUUCUCUUCAAGAAAAGAUUGAACAAGAGCUUGAACAGCAAACUUGGUCCAGCACUUUGCACAUGUUCAGCUUUUAACACAUUGUUGCUGGAACACAGUCAAAUGUUCAGCAUUCUACAGGGCUUAGCUCUAAAUAUCUGAUCCAUGGAAGAGUUAGAAAACUAUUGAUCUCUUCCUCCAGUGUAAGUUUUAUCCCUGAGCAUGAUGCUGAGCCUCUGUGAUUUGCAGUAAAAUCAGUGAUUAAAUCUAGCAGGUAGUCAGAUUACCCAUGAGCAAAAUAUUUUGUCCAAUGUUAUUGCAAGUGGGACUUAUUUUUAAAAGUACCCAGACUUUUUCUACAAGCUGUACCAGCUACCCUGAGAGCAGGAACUAGUCUAUGAUAUUUCUCUGUAAUAUGAAGAGCAAUAAAAAUCGAGUCCCCUUAGUUUCAUUUCCUCCCACCUUGGCAGAUUUUGAUUAGUAAGGGAAAUUACCAUUGAAACCCCAAACCUGUGUUCCCAAGAGCUAGUUAUCCUCAUGUUCUAGAAAGCAUUACGGAGAUUUAUUAGUUUAAUUAACCUUCUCCCGCUGCCUGACUCGUUUGUAGACAUAUGGAGGGAAUGGUGGACGGGAGACGUAUUUGCCUUCUCCUGCUGUGACAUUGAAAACUCCGCCUUCAUAAACCACUUUCCCUCUUGAAACUGUUGCAACACAGACUCCAUGGCAGACCAUUCCUUCAAAUAUAUUGAAGUCAUUGGCCUGGUGAUGCGUCUUUGCAGAUAUUGUCCUGUGUUUACAAAACAAACAAACAAAAAACCACGGAAAUUACUACAAACUUCGCAUUGUACUUCAUUAUGAAAUUUUAAGAAAUUGAUAGAGGAAGAAAAUUUAGCAGCAUUAUUAAACUAUGACAUUGCAGAGCACAUCAUGGAACAGCUGUAAAAAUAGAAUAGAGCAUUAACAUUUCAUUGAACAGUAAUUACAUUCCAAAAGAAUGAAGAGAGAGUCAAAAGGACAGAACUCUGUAGCCUUGAAACACAAAAUUUUCCACUAGAAAAAGAUUAG